AUGUCUGUGCUGAAGCAGUUAUCGCAUAAGGAGUUGAUUAAUUUAGCACAUUCGAAGUGCAUUCCACCAUUAUUGUCCAAGUUUCACAAGGGACAGACUGGUCGGGUAUGUAUAAUUGGUGGUUGUGAAGAUUAUACCGGUGCUCCUUAUUUCAGUGCCAAUGCUACAGCUUUGAUGGGAUGCGAUUUGACUCAUGUCAUCUGUGAAAGGCAAGCUGCUCCAAUUAUCAAAGGAUAUUCUCCAAAUUUAAUGGUUCAUCCGUAUUUAAGUAGCAAUGUUAAGGAAUACCCUACUGAUUUUGACAAGAUUAAAAGUCUGUUGAGUCGAAUCCAUGUUAUAGUUAUUGGUCCUGGUUUAGGACGUGAUCCCUCAAUGCUAGAAAGUUGUAAGAGAAUAAUCCAACUUGUAUUGGAGGAGCAUGAAGGAAAAAUUCCCAUUGUCAUCGAUGCAGAUGGUCUGUUCUUGUUGAGCAAUGAUCGGGAAGCCCAGGAUUUUAUUAAAAGGUUCCCUAAGGGUCGUAUUAUUUUAACUCCAAAUGUUGUAGAAUUUCAAAGAUUGUAUACUGCACUUUUCAACAAGGAUACAAGUGAUGAUAUAGAUAAACUCAAAAAAGCGGAAAGAAUAAGUGAAUUACUACAAUGUAUCGUUUUUUGCAAAGGGCGUACAGAUCAUAUUGUUGCUUCUAAUUAUUGCAAUUUGGAAAAUGUAACUCCAGGCAGUAAUAAACGUGUUGGCGGGCAAGGUGACACACUAACAGGUACAAUUGCCUGUAUGUUAUCAUAUAGCAGGGCUAUCCAUGAUUUUAAAUUGAUCGAUCCUAAUCCUAAAAUUGAAUUUUCAUGGUUAGAUUACGCUUUAUUAAGUUGCUAUUCUGGUAGCACAAUCACCAGAACAUGCUCCAAACUUGCGUAUCAAGAGAAAGGACGUGCCAUGCAGACAACUGAUAUGAAUAAUUAUGUAGGUCAAGUAUUCCAAAUGAUGUUCCCGGAAGAAUUAAUAGAAGAAUAA